GAAAACCUGCAAGCGACUGUUGCCGAUAUCGAACGGGCAGCAGUGCAGGGGGCGCAAAUCGUAUGUACCCAGGAACUGUAUCGGGGGCAGUAUUUCUGUCAGACUGAAGAUCAUGCCAUGUUUGAUCUGGCAGAGACCAUUCCGGGACCGAGCACGGAAGCUUUCUCUGCCAUCGCUAAAAAACAUGGAAUUGUGAUCGUUGCAUCGCUAUUCGAGAAACGGGCGGAAGGGCUGUACCACAACACAGCGGUGGUUCUUGAUGCCGAUGGUGCAAAUCUCGGGCUCUAUCGCAAGAUGCAUAUCCCGGAUGAUCCUCUAUUUUACGAGAAGUUCUACUUCACACCGGGCGAUUUAGGAUUCAAGGUCUUCGACACAAAGUUCGGGAAAGUCGGCGUACUGAUCUGUUGGGAUCAAUGGUAUCCCGAAGCGGCGCGGUUGACCGCACUCGCUGGAGCAGAAAUUCUUUUCUACCCAACCGCGAUUGGCUGGCAUCCUUCAGAAAAAAGUGAAUAUGGCAGCGCGCAGCAUGAUUCCUGGGAAACGAUUCAGCGGAGUCAUGCCAUCGCCAAUGGUGUCUACGUCGCAGCCGCCAACCGGAUUGGUCAUGAAGGUGAUCCUGGUGGAGGCAUCGAAUUCUGGGGGCAAAGUUUUAUCUGCAAUCCCAGUGGGACAAUCUUAAGCAAGGGAAGUACUGACCAGGCAGAGAUCGUCAUGGCCGACUGCGAUUUCUCCAUGCUCAACGAGCAGCGAACGCAUUGGCCCUUCUUGCGUGACCGCAGAAUUGAUGCCUAUGGUGAUAUCGUCAAACGCUACAGAGAUUGA